GUUUUGUGUACCGCGCAGUCGCCAUUUUAUUUGCUGAAGCUGCCUCGUUUUAUUGAAAAAUUUAAGAAUUUACUUCAUACUGUAUCUUAUUUUUCUUAUAUUAGUGUUAAUUUAAAUAUGUCCAAACGAAGGAUUGAAGUGAUGGAUCCGUUUAUAAAGAAAAAGAGAGAAGAGAAAGCAGCGGCCGCAGCAAAAUCUGGUGUCAGCGGAGAGACGUCAGACUCGGUUGCAACACUAGGAACUGUUCUCCCUCUGACCACUACUAGUACUCCUGGUAUAAACCAAUAUUCAGGCUCACCACAUACUCCACGUUACCACGAACUCCUGCGACGUCGUCUCGGCCUCCCGGUUUGGGAAUACAAAAACGACUUCAUGCGACUUUUGAACACGCACCAGUGUGUCGUGCUAGUCGGCGAAACGGGAUCCGGUAAGACGACUCAAAUACCCCAAUGGUGCGUGGAAUUCGCGGCCAACACGGCGGGGAAGUCCCACGGCGUCGCGUGCACCCAGCCCAGGCGGGUGGCCGCCAUGUCGGUCGCUCAGAGAGUCGCGGAGGAGAUGGACGUGCCGCUCGGUCAGCAGGUCGGUUACAGCAUUCGUUUCGAAGACUGCUCCGGGCCCCAGACCGUCCUCAAAUACAUGACGGAUGGUAUGUUGUUGCGUGAAGCGAUGUCUGAUCCGAUGUUGGAACAGUACAGAGUGAUACUCCUCGACGAGGCCCACGAGAGGACACUGGCCACGGAUAUCCUCAUGGGGGUGCUCAAAGAGGUGAUAAAGCAAAGGACAGACUUGAAGCUGGUCAUCAUGUCGGCGACAUUGGAUGCCGGGAAGUUCCAGCAGUACUUCGACAAUGCCCCCCUGAUGAACGUUCCCGGUAGGACUCAUCCCGUCGAAAUAUUUUACACACCCCAACCGGAGAGGGACUACUUGGAGGCGGCGAUACGGACCGUAAUACAGAUCCACGUAUGCGAGGAGAUAGCUGGGGACAUCCUGCUGUUCCUCACCGGGCAGGAGGAGAUCGAAGACGCCUGCAAGCGGAUCAAACGGGAAAUCGACAACCUGGGGCCGGAAGUCGGCGAACUCAAAUGUAUACCGCUGUACUCGACGCUGCCGCCGAACCUGCAGCAGAGGAUAUUCGAGCAGGCCCCCCCGAACCGAGCGAACGGAGCCAUAGGACGGAAGGUGGUCGUGUCGACGAACAUAGCGGAGACGUCGCUGACGAUAGACGGCGUGGUGUUCGUGAUCGACACGGGCUUCUCGAAGCAGAAGGUGUACAACCCGCGCAUCCGCGUGGAGUCGCUGCUGGUGUCGCCCAUCAGCAAGGCGUCGGCGCAGCAGCGCGCCGGCCGCGCGGGCCGCACGCGCCCCGGGAAGUGCUUCCGCCUCUACACCGAGAAGGCCUACAAGCACGAGAUGCAGGACAACACGUACCCCGAGAUUCUGAGAUCAAACUUAGGAUCUGUAGUUUUGCAGUUGAAAAAGCUGGGUAUCGACGACCUCGUGCACUUUGACUUCAUGGACCCGCCCGCGCCCGAGACCCUGAUGAGGGCACUGGAGCUCCUCAACUACCUGGCAGCGCUCGACGACGACGGUAACCUGACCGACCUCGGUGCCGUCAUGGCGGAGUUCCCGCUCGACCCACAGCUCGCCAAGAUGCUGAUAGCCAGCUGCAACCAUAACUGUUCAAAUGAGAUUUUAUCUAUCACUGCCAUGCUUUCCGUUCCACAAUGUUUCGUCCGACCGAACGAAGCUCGCAAGGCGGCCGACGAGGCCAAGAUGCGCUUCGCCCACAUCGACGGCGACCACCUCACUCUACUCAACGUGUAUCACGCUUUCAAGCAGAACAUGGAAGACCCUCACUGGUGCUAUGACAACUUCAUCAACUACAGAUCACUUAAAUCCGGUGACAAUGUCAGACAGCAGCUGAGCCGGAUAAUGGACAGAUUUAACUUGAAAAGGACGAGCACAGAAUUCACAAGCAAAGAUUAUUAUAUUAAUAUAAGGAAGGCACUUGUCAACGGUUUCUUUAUGCAGGUCGCUCACCUAGAACGUACGGGACACUAUCUAACAGUUAAGGAUAACCAGGUGGUCCAGCUUCAUCCGUCGACGUGCCUCGACCACAAACCGGACUGGGUUAUUUACAAUGAAUUCGUACUUACAAGUAAAAAUUACAUUCGGACCGUCACAGAUAUCAAACCGGAAUGGUUGUUGAAGAUUGCACCGCAGUACUACGAGCUAAACAAUUUCCCGCAGUGCGAGGCGCGGAGACAGCUGGAACUCUUACAGGCCCGUCUGGAUUCGAAGGCCUACCAAGAGGGAUUCUAAGGUUACUCUGAGUGACCUCUGGGCACAUGGUACACCUAACUGUGACAGACUUGACCGUUAUAAAGAACAUUGGAUUACUAAGUAUUAGUGAGGGGACGAAUAUGUUUUAAAUAUAUAAAUAUUCGUUAAAGUUUUAUUGCGAUAUAUUCACUGAAUGUAUUAAAACUAGGUACCAAUGACAUUACAUUUUUUUUUUACAUUAACAGCCUUUAAAUUUCCCACUGCUGGUCCAAGGCCUCCUCUCCCUUUGACGAGAAGGUUGAGAGCAUAUUCCACCACGGUGCUCCAAUGCGGGUUGGUGGAUUUACAUGUGGCAGAAUUUCGUUGAAAUUAGACACAUGCAGGUUUCCUCACGAUGUUUUCCUUCACCGCCGAGCACGAGAUGAAUUAUAAACACAAAUGGUGCUUGUCUGGGUUUGAACCCGAAAUCAUCGGUUAAGUUGCACGCGUUCUAACUGGGCCAUUUCUGCUGUCAAUGACAUUACAACUGUUAAGAUAAUUUUAUAAUAAAUAUUAUUUCGUAAUAAAAAAUGAGGACAUCGUUGAGGCAAUUGGUAAUAUAGAAAUUAAAACACAAGAAUGCCCUGCCAUAUUGAUUAUGAUUCAAAAAAAUAUUGUAGCUAGUGUUACUUGGGGAUUUAAUGAGGUUUCUUAUGUUAACACAUACAUCCAAAUAUACUGGAAUUGUUCAGGAAUUUUAAGUCAAUAACAUUUUGUAAUAUUUAAAUCUUUAAAAUAAUAAUAUCUUUAAAAUUAUAUUCUGCAUCGACCAUACUGAUCAAUCUCUUUCGUGUCUUCAUUGUACGGAACCUUCGAGAAAUUAUCUGUAUCCUGUUUGUAUGAAAAAGCCAUUAAACUAAGAAUUUAAUGAGUAUUUAGUAAUGAAUAAUGAAUGAUUUACGCCUCAGUGUUGUGUGAUCCGUUUUUUUUUCGAAAAAAGGGGGCGUAUGUUUCAGAAUGACAUUUAUUUCUCAAACAGUGGUUGCUAUGUAUUAAAUCGGUUUUUUUUUUUUUUGUGGCGGCAACAGCACUAUCCCUUCGCGUUAGAUGUGCAACAGUGAUAUUUAACAGUAAUAUUAAUAAGUCGAAUAUCGAUAAUGAAGCAAAUAUUCGUCCCAUCACUACAAAAAAUGUCUUAAAAUAUAAAAUAUCUUAGCGUUAUAAGGAAAUCGUAGUUCCUUAAGACUUAGUGAUUUCGAACUGACUACGACAAGGCUUUGAUUUAUAUUUAACGAUUAUACGAAACGACUCGUGCGCCUUCUAUUGUUAGCUGAUGGCAUAUGUCAAGUUCAAACGAGGAAAAGUUUAAAAAAAAAAUAUUCCUGAACGAACAGACAGACAAGUAAAGGUUGAUUUUUAUAUAUAGAUGUAAAGUUACAUAUUACAAUGAAUUAUUAUAUAGCCUAUUCCAAUUGAAGAAGGAAUAAAGAUAAACAUACCUUAGAUUCACGUAUUUCAUGCGAUUUGCUAAUAACUCGGCUGUAUUGUGCAAUACUAAGAGUUUAUGAUUAAUAUAUCUUUAUUUAUAAUACGACACUGUUACACUUAACUACUUAUAUCCACUUUAAUUUUACUUUCAAAGUUACAGAAGUGUCGUCGACGUCAAAACGCUUUUUUUUUUGCAAAUCCGUAAUGAAUAUUGUUGAUUAUUCAAGUUCUCGACCGAUGAUACUGUCGUUUGUUUGGUUUUUGUCCUCUUUUGUUUGGAAUAGACUAUGUGAAUGUGUUUAUCAUAUUUUGUUGCCAGACUGAAUUAUUUUAGAUAGAGGCAGUCUAGCGAUGUUAUGUGUGAGGUUGACUCCAUGCAAUAAAUGUAAGGUAUGAUCCGUGUUAAUAAAAAAAAGAUUUAUAAAUGUGUCAUCUCACUUUGUUACCUUCUCUGUCGCACGUAUUGCAAUUAAAAAAAAAAAAAGUACACGAAUUUUAGUAUAUGCACAAAUUAAUUUGAUUGUAUUAUCAAUGUUAGUAAUAUGUGUUCAAUUAGAAAUUAAUAAAAUUCGAAAAUGUUCAUGCUGACCUUACUUACCGUGCGUGUAAAAAUAUACUUUUCGACAUUUAUAAAUCUGUUAUUUAUUGGAUUGUUUUUUGUACCGUUAGUAAUAAAAUAAGGCAGAUUAUUAGUUUACUAAUGGACGGUCUUGUGCAUAAAUGUUUCGUGGAUACAGAUAGACUAAUAAAAGUUACGAGAGAUACCCGUGUUUAUAGUGUUAGUACCUGUUACAGUGUGCUAGGGAAUGUCCAUUAAACAAUAAUUAAUUUUAUAAUAUUUUGUAAAAAACAUUGGAUCGUGUAAGUUAUGUAAAAGUUUUUCUUAUAAACAAAAUGCUUUAAUGUAUGUUACUGGGAUUCGAACCUGCAGUAUCGUAGCUUUGAUUCUUUAUACUAAAGAUAUAAUUUCAAAUAUGGACCGAGAUGGAAAUGUCGUUAAUUGAUUAUUAUGUAUUAUUUCAUUGCAUUACAAUUUGUAUAAGAAGUUAAAUAAGAAUAUAGUUUAAUUAUCAGCUUGUUAAUGUAACCACUACUGGGCUAAGAGCUCCUCGGUUGGUGGACAUUUAUGUAGUGGUAGAUCAUCAGACGGAUGCAGGUAUCCUCAUGAUGUUUUCCUUCACCGAGCAUGAGAUUAAUUCUGAACACAAAAUCAGAUUUAGUGGAUGCAGUUGAUAAGGUUCCUGGUCGGUUGAAUGACAGUUACAAGAUUUUGUUUUUGAAAAAAACUUUCAUCAGUAGCUCGAGUCAAGUUUGGUUAGGAAUAAUAGCCGGUAUAACUUAUCACAGGUGGACAGUGGUGGGGGUAAGUGAGAGUCCAAUAGAUGGCAAGCAUUGACUGUCGGACCAAUCAAGUGCAGCCUCGCCCCCCGCUCCUUCAUACCUCCAGAGGUACCUGAUGUGUUACUCCGCAGGUCAAGGUUGUGCUCACGACUCACGCCCGCUUCCUAUACCGACCUCGUCUGUACUCUUGACACGUGGUGACGAGGUGAACGCCUGACAA